AUGGAUCCAGCCUCGAGAUCUCCCGACCAUCCAGAUCGCGCUGCCUCCGCUGAAGCCAGCUCGACCCGGCCAAACCCAUUUGAUGAUAGCGAUAUCUCGUCUCGCAAACGCCGGCGCACCUCUCUUUCUGGGUCUCCUGCAAAUUCUCUCGAUGCAGAAAACCCCAUUCGCGACUCCUCCAGCUCAACCACUCUCGACAUCGAUCCUGCCUUGCCUCGACCUGACACGGCUGCAGACUCUCUCACAGAUUCUGUUGCGCCUGAGACUCCCGGCUCAGGCUCUCGCAUGGGUGAUCCUCCUACAGAACCUCCAUCCAGCAUGGUCACUCUCAACCUCAGGAAUGCAACCCAGAAACAUUCGUCUUCGUUGCCAUCUUCCCCCACUACUGCAGCUCAGCCAGCUGUGACCAAAAAUGCGACUGAUGCCGUCAACGACCACGUUCAAGAGAGUGUUGAAGAUUCUGAGGUCUACAUGAGUCAAGCUCCUCAAGGCAAUAAUUUCUCACGGCCAAGUUCUUCACAGUCUGCCACUCCGCCUAUCGAGGUUAUCUCCAUACAAUCAGAUGAGGAUAUGAUGUCUGACUACCAGAGUGCUGGUCUUUCCGUAGUCGAUAGCGACCUUGUCGCAAUCGAUCCGGUUCAUGAAUUCCCGUUCAAUGAGCCCAAUGAGUCACUAGAAGGAAUCAUGAUGCGGCUUGCAACUUACCUUGGAACACAAUCCUCAAUCGAUGCAGCAGUCAUUCAUAGGCUGCAGCAAUGGCUAGGCCAAUAUCUCGAUUACACUAGGAAUGUUAGUCGGCAAACGGCAAUGGGAUCGUGCCGUUUAAACAUACACUUCUGGGCCACCUUCCCACGCAUUGUUCCAGCGAUGGCUUACCGCCGGCCACCACUCUACGAGGAUGAAACACUUUGGGAAGUUAGCAGUGCUUUCUUUGCAAGCUUCGCCACACUAUCAGCUUGGUUUGUCAGUCAAGACAUCAUCGCCAUCAAAGAAUUCAUGGUAGAUCAGGAAUCGCAAAACCGGCAAAUACCUGAACUUUUCUCUCCGAUUUAUCUCCACCAUCUUCAUUCAAUAACUCAACCACCGCGGCCCAGCGACAGCCAGACUGAUCAAGUUGCACCUACGGCUUCGUACUUCGUCAGAGCUUACCAGAAAAGUGCAAACGGAAGCAUUGGUAGUCUUUUACAGCUGGCUAGAAUCUUGGCAGAACUUAUCCCGAGCCAUCCUCGUUUGACUAACGAUUUGGCAUCAAUCUGCCAAGUAGCGUCGGAUAUCAUGUCUGACACUCUCAACCCACGCAUUCCCAGCCAUGAUUUGAUGUCAAAACAGGAACUCGAGAACGGAUUCGCUUUGUACGAACUAAUUUGUAGGAUAUUUGAUGACAUGAUCGAGAAAAAACCCUCGCAACUGUUCGCGGACAACAUACUCAGGGGUGUCUCUGCUUUGUCAGAUAUGAUCAAGGCGAUCCUCAGAUGCGGCCUCCCGAUUGCAAGUCAUCUACUUCAGGAGCACCAAAAAGCUUUUCCUGCAGUCUCUGAAGACUACGCUAUCGAGGCAGUUGCUCUCAAGCGGCGUUUUGAAACCUUCAUCAAGCUCAUACGGUCGAGCCAAAUGCAACUCCGAUUUCAAGGAACGACACAAAUGUGCAGAGAACUUGUCGAGUGUUGGAGAAUUCACUCCGAGCAGAGUGACGACAGCCACGCUUAUAUUGGGCAUAUUGCCGAGUAUCUAAUCGGAUCUGGGUUCAUCGACUACUUCUUAGGCUCCAAUUGCCACCCUGAGAUCAUCCUUGAGGGUGCCAACAUCGUUGGUUUCAUAAUAGUGACCAAGAACUAUCGCAAGGAGCAUCUAGACAUGAUAUGGCGAGGAAUGACGUCUGGAGAAGAUCCCCGUACAGUCGACGCUCUAGCGCGAAUGAUGAGUGGUAUCGCCCAUCUCUUUGACAUCGAGGGCCUCCUGGCUCUUUGCGACAUGUUCCAGACACUACCUGUAGAUGCCUUUACGUCCACUAUCAGAUUGCUUUGGGACCAUGUCAUGCAAUUCUUGACAGACAGACCUGCAAUUGAGCAGCCCCUUGGAAUCCAGCCUUACAAUCUUUGUCUGCGGCUGUUAAGGGAGUCUUCUAUCUCCACAGGUGGAUCGCAACCCGUGUCCCCUGAAAUGCAGCAGAUAACAUUGCAUAAGCUGCAGGAAUUGUUAAGAUGCGGACCGGGCCCCGAAGGACGACAGCAACUUUACUUGAGUUGUCUUCAAGAUAUUGCAAACAAGUCAGCCACCACCCUAGGCAGUCUCUACUUUCUCUCCACAACGAUUCGGUCAAGAGUUAUGUCCACCGAGCUGCAUAGACUAGUGGAAGAGAACGACUUCACGAGGCUCCUUGUCGAGGAAUUAGAGCAUGCUAUCACGAUCGGACGAGCAAUGGAUUCUCAGACGGUACUCGCCUCGCCCACUUACCAGCCUCGGAAAGAAUUCAUUGCAGUCAUUAUUCAGUUGGAACCACAAACCAUCACUCAGGAGCUCGGGUUCAAACUCUGGAACCUGCUUGUUGGUUCUCUCUCACUCUCACUAGAAGAUAGGAGAGCCGGGUGGGACAUACUGAACAUUCUCAACCGGGGGGGCAACUUUGAUAUUCACUCAAAUCAUUUUCUCAGGACUUGUUUACUUCACUAUCUCCCAACUCUUUCCGCUGAGUACUUCUGUGAAGUGUGGCGCAUCGCCCUUGAAGCCGAAGAUGAAAUUCUGGCCGAAAAGUCUCUCCAAGUCCUGACACAGGACAUCUACAUUAAAAAUGAGUAUAUUUCCUCUGGUCCCACGCAACGAACGCAGUCGAUUCACCUAGCUCUCGUUGGUCGUUGUCUAAAGCAGCUGAAAAUUGCCGCGAAGGAUUUAGAGACUUUGGGCCUCAACCCUCAAGGUGGUAAUAAUGGGGAUGCGGUAUUUGCUACCAAAGGCCAGAAGCUACUGGAAAAAGAAAGGAUAUUUGUCCGCUCCUUGAAGUUUCUGCGGUACAUGUUGGAUGCCCAUCGUUCAACGCCACACUUAUUCACACCCGACUUGAGAACGCUAAUUUCUCAAGCACCCUAUGCGGUUCAGGGCGACUCAGCGGAACUCAAGUAUCAGUCUUUUGAUGGCAAUCAACAGACUGACAUCAAGCCACUUGUGAUUGGAAAGGGGAACACUGCAGCUUCUUUGCUCGCGAGCCUCCGUGAAGAAACCGGAUUUGAGAACUAUCGAAUCUACUAUAGAGGCCAGCCAUUCCUACCACGUGAGACGGACAUAUGCAAAUCUCUCGAAGAUCUCCGCGUACAUGACGGUCUUAUACUGGUCAGGCGUGAAGACUCUGGUCCAGCUAUCUCUAAUCGAGUUACGCCUGGUGCUUCCUCACUUGAAAUCGAGAUCUCUACUCAUUUUGAUGAGAUGUGGGAGUAUUUGAGCAUGAAAGACUCACUCGCAGAAGAAAUCUUCGCCUUCCUCAUCCAACUGCCGACGGACGGCCGUCUCUCCAAGUUGAUUGACAACGAACCAGCGACCUACAAAGAUGUUUUCCCCUCGGGGCAGCCUUUCAAGUCGCUCUACGCUGUGCAUGCGUUAGCAAAGUAUACCGAUGCUCUAUCUCCUAGUGGCAUAAACAGUGAUGGCAGUCAGAAUGACGCGUUUAUGCCUCGUUCUGUCUCGUACUCCAAAGCUCUCAAGACAGCCAUGUCCUUGAUUGUGCAUGCUAUCUCAGACAAGAACGUCUUCGACCAAGCAUCAAAGUUCAUGCGACUAAAGCUCACAACAAGUUUACUUCAGGCAUUCAAGCAGCUCUACGACAGAAUUACUGCUUCAGAAACACCGGCCAUAUCGAAAGGUCUGGUUAUACCAGAUCCAGAUCGACUGGUCGAAAUCCUUUCGUAUGCCGCGGAUUGUCCCGGCGAUGAGCCCUCGGCUGCUAUAACUUUAACACUUCUCCUUUGUCUACGACUCAGCAUUAUGGAAGACCAAUUUUGGACAAAGCUCAGCGCAAACACAGACUUCAGCCGAGUCCUACGCCGUCUUAUACUAACCGAUCCCCGCCAGGUCAUCAGAGUACGUUCGAUCAAGAUUAUGCAAGAAUUCUUCACUAUUUUGGAGCACACAGCCGUCGAUCGUGCUUCAGACAACAACCUUGAUGGUUUAGUAGCAACAUACUUCUGGACUAUCGCCAGAGACCUCAUUUCAGAAGCACCUGACAUUCCGCAUCAGUGCGACGAACUAUUCCGUUUCACCUACUUCCUUCUGAUUAGAACCAACAAGCAAGCGCCUGAACUAGUGAACAUUGCAACACUGGCGGUCAAAGCUAGCCAACUUCUUCUAGAGCAUACAACAACUGAGACUAUAGAAUCGCCCGAUGUCGAAGAUACAUUAGCAAGAGGCUUGGCUUUUCUCUUGCAUCUUUGUCUACGGUUGGACGCCACUGUUGUCCAAUCAGAGGUGCUCCCUAGAAAUCUUGCUGCGUCAUUAUUUUGGAAGCAGCUUUAUCCCAGCAAGCGGUUAGCAAACGGAGAGCCUGUGGCCAAAGUAAUUCUUCACGAAGAAACGCGGGCCAAGCUUUGCGAAGUGGUGUUCCAGCUUGUGAAACAUCAUCGAGACGAUAUUCAAAUGGUUCUAGAAGGACUCGGUCAACAAGUACCAUUUUAUGAAGAUGACGAUGGCAUGUAUGGCCCUUUAGUAGAACCGCACCUACUGACAGAUGGUGCAGAUAAUCCGUACCUGUAUGACCUAUCCUAUCACUUCGAGCGAUCCAGAGCACUCCGUGCUCCAUGCGGCUACGCAGGAUUGCAGAACUUGUCCAACACCUGCUACUUGAAUUCAUUAAUGGCGCAGCUAUACAUGAACACUGGUUUCCGGUGCUUCGUGCUCGGUUGCCGCGUUCGCUACCCUGAAACUAACCAGCAGCUCCUUCACAGCACCCAGAAACUGUUUGGCCAUAUGCAGGAGAGCUACCUUCGCUACAUUGACCCGACUGACUUUGUCAAUUCCAUCAAGACAUACGAUGACACUCUCAUUGAUAUCCACAAUCAAAUGGAUGUCGACGAGUUUUAUAAUCUUCUUUUUGACCGUUGGGAGAAUCAGCUUCUUGGCCAGGAUGAAAAGAGAAGAAUGAAGUCGUUCUACGGUGGACAGCUUGUGCAGCAAGUAAAGUCCAAAGAAUGCGAGCACAUCUCUGAGCGUCUCGAGCCCUUUUCCGCAAUUCAAUGCGAUAUCAAGGGGAAAAGCACAUUAGAGGAAAGUCUGCAGGCAUAUGUGGACGGUGAGAUUAUGGAAGGAGACAACAAGUACAAAUGUUCAACGUGCGACCGCCACGUUGAUGCGGUGAAAAGAGCCUGUAUCAAAGAUGUCCCGGAAAACCUCAUCUUCCACCUGAAGAGAUUUGAUUUCAAUCUACGUACCCUUCAACGUAGCAAGAUCAAUGACUAUUUCUCGUUCCCCAGUCGAGUCGACAUGCGACCAUACACCAUCGAGCAUCUCAGCAACCCAGAGAGUGAUGGCAAGGAGGAUAUGUUUGAACUAGUCGGUGUGCUCGUUCAUUCGGGUACCGCCGAAUCCGGGCACUACUACUCUUACAUCCGCGAGCGUCCUUCCUCCGUUGAUAGUCCAAGCUGGGUUGAAUUCAACGACGACAUGGUAACUCCAUGGGACCCAGCGCAAAUGGAACAAGCAACAUUCGGCGGUACGAACGAACGUCCUCUUCAAGACUCAAACGGCCUCAUGUUCGACAGGAAUUACAGUGCAUACAUGCUUUUUUAUCAGCGCGCUUCGUCCCUACGUGCUGAGCAGGAAAAUAUGAUGAGUCUCAACGUCUCCGCGCCUUUCCGCGUCGAAGUGCCAGAGAAGCUCAAAUAUCAUACCACGGUCGAAAACACAGUGAUCCUCCGCCGUCACUGUAUCUAUGACGAGUCCAAUACUGGGCUCGUUCUGACCCUGUUCCGUCAAUCUCUGCUGUGUUGUGGCCCUGUGGAUACAGCUGAUACUUGCCUGAGUCCUAACGACUUCAUGUGCAAAUUUCAGCAGGAGCAUGGACUCCAGAAUUCGGCCAUGCGAACGCUACUCGGCCAUCUGGACCAAGUUGUCACGAGAGCAAAGGAGAUUCCGCAUUUCGGUUCAUACUGUAGAGACCUGAUGGGUGCAAUCACAUCUUGUCCUUAUUGUGCUUUUGCAUUCUACAGUUACUUUGAUCAUUAUCCCAACGCACUUCGCAUGCUGCUCCAACGCAACCCGGAUCAGGGAGUACGAAGUUUCACUUGCAACGCUCUGGUCACUGCAGUCAAGAAGAUAUCGGAGGCGUUUCCCAAUAUCUAUGACUUGCAAGAGUCGUACAGCUCAGUCUCGGAUUCCGAUGAAGACGAAGACCUUGAUCAGCAUGAUGUUUCUCGUCACUCUGUCAUCGAUCGAGUAAUGCUCAUUUUCGAUUAUCUUUGGAAGCACUUUCACCUCCACAUUAAGGCCUGGGACGAGUAUUUCGGAGCAAUUCUAGGCUUUGCUGAACUGGGCCAUCGUGAAACUGGACGUGUAUUGGCUGCAGACUUUCUGCUAAGGACUAUUCAGAUCAUCUCGGCCGACCCUCUACAAGACCUCAGUGGAGUCUGGGCCAAAAUGCUCAACAGUGUUAUUCGACGAAACAACAGUCCAAAGCCCCCUUCUUAUACAUCAAUCAUUGCCCUUAUCCAGCACUUGAUAAGCAAGAUGAGUUGGAAACUUGGAACCGACUCAAUCGAAGAGGAUCCGACAGAGCGUCUUACACAGACAGCUGGGCCAUUCCGUUGGACAUCAAGUGAGGUAACUCUUGUCUUCAAUGGUUUGGACAUGACCUCUCAUACUAGCCUGUUUGUCGAGAAACUCCUUGCCCUUGAUCAGGCGCCAGCAUCUAGCGAUGCUAUUAUACGCUGCUUGGUACGAUUAGACGACAAAGUCGAUGAUAGAGUCCUUUCAACAUUGAAACAAUGUCUCCGUGGUGAAACCUCAACACAGGCUAUGGAUCCGUUCUUGCGGGCAGCCAUUCCCUACCUCGACAGUACCAACAACCUCAACAACGCCCUGGAAAUAGUGCAGCAUAUGUUGGCGCAGGCGAGAAGUCUACAGAACAACGAGGGUGUGUUUUUUGUACGCUUCUUCAUGGUGGCGGCGAACCUUCAAAGAGAAGACGAGGAGUUUGCCAGGGCAGUUCGCUCGCACAGCCUGGGACAAGUGUCAGAAUGGGUACCUUUUCUUCUCGCGUGGUCUGAUCAGCAUAUGCGGUCCACCACAAAAGGGUUUCUUAGCAGCACCUUGUUUGAUAACCUGAAGGAUCACAGCCCGGCCAACAGCGAGAGUAUCUGUUGUGACAAAGAUGCCAUUGAGGAGGCGGCAAAGCAGGUCGGAAUCGCAUGUCUCGAGUACCUCAAAGACCACCACGUCCGCAGACGGGCUAACGUUGGUCGAGAAAUUGCGACCGAUUUUCUGGACGUAAUCGAGCAAUGCGGUGCGGUGGUAAAUGUGGGCUCAAAUGAGCAGAGUGAUACAGACAAAAGGUUCUGCAAACUGCAGGAUGAUGUGAUCGAUCCUUUACGGAAGCUUGUUGUUGAUGACAUGGAAGACGACGGGACCGACUGGGAAGGAUCCUGCGGAUCAUCUGACCAGAUUGAUGACAUUGAAAUGAACAUUCCGGGUGUAAAGGAGCUACACGGCAUGUAG